AUCAUACCAGCUAAAUCCCUCUCCCUCAUUUCUCAUUCACAAACUCCUCGUCGGCAAAGAAAAUCAUAUCCCGGCUGAUUUCCGGCACCUCCAGUCGGCCACGGCCAUGACCAAACAUUUGAUUCCAAGUCUGAACAGAGUUCUUGUGGAGAAGAUCGUCCGCCAUCCCCCAUCCCUCACUAGAUAUGUUCUGUAAAAUUGCCUCACACAUAUCCUCUAUCGCACUCAAAAGAUGGCACCCAACGCCGAGAAGAAGCCGACCAUCACCUCUCGCGAGAUAUCAAUCGCCCAUUAUAAACCAUGAGGAAGUUCAAUUUCAUUUGAGAAACAAAAAUUAGAACAGAAAAUGCCCACGAAUUGAUAACAAUACAAAAUUCUACAAAAUUUCUCAUCAUCUUUCCCCACCAAACUUAUAAAUUUGAACCCGGAAAAUUCUUUCUUCCCUGAAUUAUCACUUCCAUGCUUGUCGUCUCUAAUUGUCUGCCAAUAAACCUCCAUAAAUUGUAUGGUCGAAACUCCAUUUCAGCACCCAUUUUAGCAUUUUCUCGUAUAUCUACUCGGAGUAGGAGAUUCUCAAUGGUCACCGGUUCUUCAUCCGCCAAUUCCGGUGAUGGCGCUUUCACAACACUGUCCGAGAGAGUCACGUUCGAGAAGGAAAUCAAGAAAAGCAAAUUCAUGGCGGUUGCAUGUUCUGUAUCCGAUGAGCGCUCCGCCUUUGCUUUCCUGUCCGAGGUUCGUCAACCUCGUGCCACUCACAAUUGCUGGGCUUACAAGGUCGGAGCUCAAUUUCGUAGUAAUGAUGAUGGUGAACCAUCCGGUACAGCUGGCAAGCCAAUACUAUCCGCUAUUGAUUCUUCAGGGAUAGAUAGAGUUAUGGUUGUUGUCAUCAGGUAUUUUGGUGGUAUCAAACUUGGAACUGGAGGAUUGGUUAGAGCGUAUGGAGGUGUAGCUGCAGAAUGUUUAAGAAAUGCCCCAACCUGUGUUGUAAAAUCCAAAGUUCCUAUGGGCUUGGAGGUUCCUUUUGAUCUUUUGGGAGUCCUAUAUCAUCAACUUCAAUCUUUUCAAGCUGAGGACAUCAAGCAGGACUAUGAGACCGGAAAAGAUAAUGUUACAAUGGUCACCUUUAAAGUUGAUUUCGACCGUGCACAAAGUCUGGAAGAAGCUAUAAAGGCCAGUUGUAGCCGUGAUAUUGUGUUCUACAACCAUUCUUCCUCCAUUUUCAUCACAGAAAAAUGGCGCUCCCCAUUUCACAAUUCACCUUUUGCCCUUCUAAAUCCACCUAUUCAAAAACCUUCUCCAUCACCACCACACGUAAGGCCACCAAGUUCCCCACGAAAAUUGCACCCAAGCCCCUCAGAUAGUCGAGUCGAGAGAUCCCAAGACGAAGAGAUGAUGAUGGAAAUAAAGAACGCGGUGAGGGAAAGGGGUCAAAGUGAAGAGGCGGGUUUUUUGAGUGGGGUCGCCGAGGAAAUAAGGGAAAUUGAGUGGCCUUCGUUUGGGAAAGUUUUGGGGACGACAGGGGUGGUGCUUGGGGUGAUUGCGGGUUCGAGUGUCGUUUUGCUCACUGUUAAUGCCGUUUUGGCUGAGCUUUCGGAUAAGUUGUUCAUACAAUCAUAG